CUUUGUAUACGCGUACAUAGCCGGUUCGACGAUAAACACUUGUCUGGGAUAUUAUUGCGGGUAAUGCGAGUAGUACUUUGGGAGUUUAAUCCUCAUUGUCAGAAACUGCUGCAAUUUCGACGCAUCUUCGUGAUAAAUGACACUGGUAUCUCAAGCACUUGAAACCAAUCGCAUCGUUUUCCUUUAAAAGCGAUACUACACUGAUAUUGGCGUGAUCAACAAACGGCUUAAAAAUAUCGGAAAUAAUAUAUGCGCAUGCAUGGUCAGAGAUUGUGUGAUUUUCGCAAGUCUGCAUUCGCAUAAUAUUUACAUAUGGCUUGCUGUCUCGCUCUGUGGUGAUAAUGGAAGUGAGCAAAUCAAUUGCUUCGUUGAAGUGGAGCAAGAAACAUCAUCCUUUGAGCGAAGUUCUCCACAAACUCAAACUCCCAAGCUUGGUUCGUGUACAAGAAGGAUACUACGGCUUGAACGAUGCGUGUAGUUUUGAAGUCGGUCAGCAUCUCGUGUUGCAUACUAUGCGAAGCAAACAGAAUUAUAUGGCCGAAGACUCCGCUGGUAGACCUGUAUCGAUUCCAGUCGAAUGUGGGAAUAAGCUUUUGGUUUGCCCUUUGUCAAUACACUGUGGAUAUGAUCCUAUUCAUGUGUCUGAGAUGUUCUAUGUUUUUCCCGACGUUAAGUAUUUCCGGGUUUUAGAAAAUAAUUGCUCCGAAGACAUAGGACUAAAAGCACACUUCUUGCCCAAAUCUGUCUUAGAAGUUGAACGUAUUGAUGUAGCGAACUCCGUUGUGAUAUUCCGAGAUGUUCACGAGCCCGUACCGUUCAGCUGUGGUAUAAUUUUCGAAGCAUUGAUGGACUAUCGUGAAUACACUUUGAGAGAUGCUGUAAGAGCGUUCGGCUUGCCGAUAAAGGUGCUCUUUUUACCAAGUAAAUAUGACGAACAAAGCCCGCUGGAUGGCGAUUUUGAGAAUAUUGUCUCGAAUCUUGGAAAGACUACAAUUAUUCACAGUCCACAACCUGAACUUUUGGUGGUUGCAACGAAGAUAGAUGAAGAUCAGUUUUUGAUCUUAUCAGAAACAUCCGUGAAAUGCUCUCAAAUAUCAACGAAUUGCAAGCUGAAUGUUUCCUUGGCUAAAGAAAUCACCAAGAACAAUCCUGUUUACCUGAAGAUGCUUCACGAUUUCAACGAGGAAUUCCUAGAAAAAUACGACCUUAACGAAUUGGAUUCCCUCGACAAAUGUCAGUACCUUGAUAGACCAGAUGGACUUUCAAAGCCUGAUAUAACAGGUUCGGUUUUGGUCGCAAAGGCCUUGGGACAGAACAACAAUGCUCCGAAAAUAUUCCAAAGAAAUAGAUCUCGUUUUGAAACAAGCCCUCCACUUCCUCCCAGAAACGACCAGCCUGAAGAAAAGGGCAACACUGCAUCGAUUUUCUAUCGACCUUUACAAAUAGGCGAAAGUGUGCCUGGCCAUGAUGCUUUUGAAAACAUUGAAAAAGUAAAAGUAAAAGACGGGAACGAUGCAUGCAAGUGCGAAGACCCUAAUCAAAAAGCGAAAUCUUCAUGGCAAUGCCAUCUUCAGAAUCUUACGCCUCUUAGUCCAAAAGAGAAAUGCCGUUUGAAAGUACAUCAUGAAUAUGAGGAGAUCGAUGCUUUUGAUGAUGAAGGGUUAGAUAAGGAUAUAUAUGGAUAUGAAUUCGUAAAUUACGGUGUAAAUAAGACGAUACAGAAGUCCGUGUUUAUGACGUCAGAGGAACUGACAGCCGAGGAGUACGUGGACAUGUCCUCGGAGAAUUACGUGGAUAUGACGCCAGACGAAUAUGUUGAUAUGACGUCACCGGAGUAUAUGAAGAUGAUGUCACAGAAGGGAAAGGCCCGGAAAUUGAGUGAGUAUGUAAAUAACCCUGGUGUUAUUUCACCCCCAGUUGCUUCACAAAGCACCAGCGGUUGUUCUGGAAACACCACUGGAAAAACUGCAUCGGAACCUGGAAAUCAGGAAUCAGAAAAAUUGGAUUUUGAAAGUGGAAACAUUGCAAAAAAAAUCACGCCACAAGCGCGCGAAGAAAAGUUUAAAAUUUCCCCUAAAGAUAUGUAUAAAAAACGCACAAUAAAGGUUCCUAUAUCCAUCCCUACCGAUCCCCUGGCUUCCCCUGAAUCCAUGAUAGUUAAAACUGAAAAUAAUACGACUUCAAAUGAGACUAAAGUCAAAACACCCUCAAGAAAGGUUCCCAUAUGUAUCCCUUCCGAUCCCCUCACUUCUCCUAAACUCAAAUCUGGUGGACUGAAAAGCUCUGAGGAGACUUUCGCGGUUGAAACAAAGAACAAUACGACUUCAAAUGAGACUAAAGUGAAAACACGCUUAAGAAAGGUCCCGGUAUCUAUCCCUACCGAUCCCCCCACUUCCCCUAAACCCAAAUCUGGUAGACUGAAAAGCUCUGAAGAAAUUACGAUGGUUAAAACUGAGGACAUUACAACUUCAAUUGAGUCUAACGUUUGGAAACCAUUCAAAAAGGUUCCCAUACCUACUCCGAACAAUCCCCCGAUACCCCCAAAACCCCCAAGCCUGUCAAAGAAAGCUGUGCGAAGACAACGAUGUUUAUAACUGAGAACAAU